AAAGAUAGAAAAAAAUUAUUCGAUUAGAUCGCAGUUCACAAAAAUAUAUUUUAAUUCGUUUUAUACUCAUAAUUGCUAACACAAUGAUUCAAGUUAUAGCUAAAAAGUGGUUAUUAAUAUGUUUAGUCAUUUUAGGUGGAAUUCUAUUUGCAAGUAAUGUCAAUAGUCAAGAAAUUAAUGCAAAUACCAAAUUUCAAUCAGCAGCAGCACCAACUUUGAGUUUUCUUUAUUGCUACUCAUGCGGUUAUAAAAAUGCGUUUGAUGAAUACAGUAGCAUAAUAUUGGAGAAAUAUCCAGAUAUUCACAUCACAGGAGCAAAUUAUGAUCCUCCAGGACUCAACAUGUAUAUUUCAAAAAUCCUCGUAGUAGCAAAAUAUCUCUUAAUGGCUCUUAUUGGAAGUUCAUUUGAUUUAUUUGGAUUCUUGGGAAUGGCAACACCGACAUUCUGGACCUGGGCAACUGAUAAUAAGCUUUUCGCAGUCAUGAUGACUUUCUUCUUCUCAAAUAUGCUUGAAGCUCAACUCAUUUCAUCUGGAGCAUUUGAAAUAGCUCUUAACGAUAUUCCUAUUUGGUCCAAAAUUGCAACUGGAAGAAUUCCUGCACCUCAAGAAUUAUUUCAAAUUAUCGAAAGUCAUCUACAAUUUACUGAUAAUCUUCUUGAGAAGAAUCCUGAUUUUGUGAAAUAAUGUUAGCAAUCCUUAACAACAUUUCUUCUCCAGAAAGAAGGAAAGACAAACAUCUGUUAUUAAUUUAUGAAAACAAUAAAUAUGAAUAUAAAUUUCCGUUCCCUAGUUGUUCCAACUCUUAUGUACGUACCUAUUCAAUCGAACAAUCAAUCAUUUUCCUUCUAUCGAUAAAAUUGAAGAUCACCAUGUGUUGAAUGGUAUCAAAAAUGAACUGAUUGUAUGUAGCAUCACUUUGUAAUUUUUAAUGCUGAUUAAAUAAAUAAAUGGAAGGA